AGUCGAUACUCGAUAUCGACAUCGACUCAUUAUUGGUCCAUUGUUUGCCCGGCCAUGUUGACGGGGUUUGGCGGUGUUGUGUUUGGAAAUUCGAAAUCGAUGUUGAUUAAUUGUCCGAUGAAGUUGUUGCGGAUUUGAUUCAUUACACCCAAUGUGUAAAAAUAUAUAGCUGCACAAUUUUAAGCUGUGCACUCACUGGUGUAGGAAGAAUCGGAUAUUUGCUGACGAAGACUUUUGUUUCGGUUUACCUUUGAAAACAUCGCACAGCUAUUGAUUUUAAGAAUGAAAGGGCACUAUGCUGAGAAGUAGCGUGAGGGCAACCUGCAUUCAACAUGGAUGCUGUCGAUGUCGCAGGAGUCUUGGAAUUUGAUUGCAUAGUCUUAAGAGACGAGCUGUUGGAUUCCAGGGAAGCCAUUCAGCGAGUUAUAGCAGAGAAGUGGGCGUUUGCAAAAGAGGAAGUGGGAAAGUCCAGGUCUCGAUGCAGUGAGGAGGCGUCUAAUGUGGGUGUCCAAGUUGAAGGGGAAGUUGUGUAUCUCAAUGUGGAGGAAGAGGAGGAUCAAGAUGUUGAUGUGGAGGGAGACGAAACAACAUCAGUUAGUCAGCCACCUGGAAAUAUCGAAUCUCGAGGCGUCAGCAGUGCGGACCGCGACAUCACACUGGCCGGAGCUCGAGGUGUGACAGAGCCCAAAGAGACAAAGAAGCUCUGGAGGCCCGUACGGUCGGAGGGAGCAGCCGAGUGCGACAGAAGUUUGCUGCCGGCCACUUCUCCUCCUUCCACGUGCAGUUCGUGCACGCGCCAUUUCUCGUCGGAGGCGGAUCGCACGAAUCACGUCUGUGGGGUCACGAGUGAAAUGCGGAGAUCGCCCCGGAGAGGAUUUUCCAGCUCUACGUCCACAGUCGACUCUGACAUCCGGCAGAUACCUAAAGUCGCGAAGGAGAAGCGUGCCGAGUCUCCAGAGGGUGAAAUUCUCUCCGACAAGUGUGACGGGGUGCCGUGUCGGGAGGACUCUGCGGUCACUCUCGCUACAGGGGCGAGCGAAGUCGGCUCGGUACGUGGAGAUUCUCGUAGUGCCCGCAUCCUGACACCUUCCGAAAUUGCAGCAUCGAUUCUCUCGGAGGCUGUUGUCGGCACUCACGCGUACUUGUGGAAAUCUGCCUUGGGCGUGUGUGGAAUCUGUGGAAAAAUUUUCAAUAACAACUCUAACCUAAAGAGACAUGCUCUGGUACACGGCAGAGGAAUUUUCCUCACGUGCGACGUCUGCGGCCAGUUUUUUCCUGACCGGUGCUCUCUCUGGAGGCACAAAGAACAGCACGGCAGAAAGAGCCAGUCCAAGAUGUACAAGUGUAACGUAUGUGGUAAAUGUGUAAAUAGUAAUAAUUCACUGAGGAAGCACAAGUCCCAGCACGUACAGUCUUACGUGUGCGACAUAUGUGGCGAAUCGUUCCAUCGGGCCAGUGGCCUGCAGAUACACAAAUACUUGCACAUCAGAUAGUAUCGUUUUAUGCCUCUGUAAGUGUUCGCUGUGCUCGAGCUCGCUUGUGAUGUUUGUUGCUCUUCUCUUACAACCUUACUGAGGUGUGUGUGUGGCCCAAAAUAGUGAUUCAUUUCCACAAAAUAUGUCAAAUAUAUGAACUGUCUAAGCAUGAGGGCUCACACUGGACACUUAAUAUUGACAAAUUUUAUUGUUUUUUCUGUGCAUUUCAGAGUGCAGUAGUUGUCAUUCCUGUAGCACACAAAGCAGUUUGCGCUUGGUCAGGUGACCUUUGAAGCCCAUCAACACUGAAUUUCUAUCUGUAUGUUAGGAUUGGGCUUUUAUUUUAAAGCAAAUAAUGCACAUCCUUGUUAUCUACAAACUUUUUAGUCAGUUUUGAGCAGUCUCCAUUGUUUGUGCAAGUUUUCGCCAAUGUCUGUAUCUUCUGGUGGCGGAAGUCUGUUCUGACUGCCCGACGAGUGUGUUCCGUCACUUUCUGACUUCGCAUCUGUUACUCCGGACCUAAAAAGAGAGUAGUCACAGGACAGUGUCAGAAGGUGUGUUAUUUUGCUGUUACUGGGACACGAAUUGUACAGUGCUUUGCACAGCUUCAAAAGUGUCUGAAAGUACGGCACAGCAUUUGUGGUCUGUCUGUGUUUGAGAACAUUAACAGGAAUGCAACUCCCCUGUUUCUAGAAAAUGGUGCCCACAACUUUUUCAGCAAAUUCUACUGUCCAUACUUUCUUUUCUGACAGCAAAUCCCAGUGAAGCUCUUCCGUACUCUUGCAUUUGGUUCAGGCACGUAAUGACAAAACCAGCUUUCAUUUUCUGUCGUAAUACUCCUCAAAAACUGCCUCUUUUAUUUUGAAAUUGUUUGAGGUUUUGGGUGGCAGUUGUUUUCUAAACUACAGUCUUUGAUCAAACACAGGACUCAGAGAACAGUAAUUCUAGCUCUGAAUCGUAUCCUGCAAAGCACGUUGUCCUAUUGCAAGAAUUGUUGCGAUCUCAUUCACAGUGACACAUCUGUCAUUCUGUAACUCUUUUCUUGUCGGUGAGAGAAGAAUUUAGCAGCAAUUAUUUCCUUCUUAACAAGAAACUAAGUAGAACUAAGCUGUUGAAAUAAACAUCGAUACUGGUGGUCAUUUCGUAAAUAUAGCACCUGAUCACGUGGUAGAUAUUUAUUGAUCUCACAAAUAUGUAAACGUAAAGUUUGUAGUUUAGGAUACUGCAGCUGUAAGAAAGGAUUGCUCAAAAGUUCAGUAUGGCUCCUGUUCAUUAUGAGCGUUGUUGUUGUGAUAGUAUACUAACUCGUCUGUGUGAAACAUAGCUUUGUAUGAGCAGAGCAGGUUUUCAUUAUCCAUUGUCUCUAACACUACAUUACUUUAUAGGAUGAAAAUCUUCCACCUGCAGACUUUACAUGGCUUAUUCCUCCACCUCUUCUUCUCUUUCAGUAUUAUCACAAAAGAAAUUGUGGUAGCGUAUGAUUUUAUGCGAUGAGGAAAUCUUAAGAUUCCACUUGCUUGAUGUUGCUGUUCAUACCACGCUUCACCCUUUCUUCCAGUAAUAUUUCUCUUCAUAACAGAUACAAUUAUCAUUAAUGACAGCGGAGGGUUAUUUGGAAGAAAGUGAUACAUGAGGGAAACUGACCUGCGAGGUAUUAGCACCGAAGUGUUUACUGGUAUUCUUUCAGUUGCAUAAUUGUUUAAGUUAUUCUACUAUCAAAUCUGUAGCUAUGGUUAUUUUUCCUAUAGAAAAAUAUAUUUUUAAAUGAUUUAUGCAUUGUAUAUUUUUAAAUGAUUUAUGUACGUGCCUCGUAACUCCUCAAAUAAAUACAUAAUUUUUG